AUGGAUGACGGAACAGUGCUGUUUUUCAUUUCUCAACUGUCUUGUGACAAUGCCAGUCAGCAGUGUGGAGCUGGCGGCGACCUAUACUCCAUUUACCAAAUGAUGCUCAAGGGCCACACUUACAAGUCAUUCAAGACUGCACCGGGUACUCCGGAAUGCAGAGAGGCUUGUCUUGCUGAAGUCAAAUGUCAACGCUACAACGUCGUUAUGUUCAUUGCAAUAUGUGAGUUAAGCAACCGAACCAAAGAGGCUAGACCAGAGGACUUUGUCAAGAACAAUGACAGAUACUACAUGGCGAAAGGUCCAAAACGAGGAGGUUGGCUUCUGGUCUCCAACGUUGUCGUCGGCAAUCUGUCCUCGCUACAGUUUUCAGAGGAAUCAUCAUACCAUAAAAUAAGCAAUUGUCACAAGAAGUCGUUGUUACUCACGACAGAUGGCAUGAAGGAACUGAGAACACAAUUGUCUUUCACUCAGUUGAGAUUCCACUGCAGCAAAAACAAGGGACGUACUUUUCAUUUGACCACGGCUGCUAACAGCAGUGGUGAAGCAGUAGUACAAUACUUCAGUGGUCAAACAGAUGCCAAUCCGAAAGCGUGUGGCUCGUUUCUUAGGAUGAAUGAUGACAACUCGAGGUUAGCUGCUGAUUGUAAUCAAUGGGGUAAUAAACAGUGGGGAUACUCUUUUAAAGGAAAAAAGAGAAAUCCAUUCGUUGCUCAGGUCCCCGGAAAAUAUCACUGGUUUUUAAAAGGGAGCUCAAGAUGGGAAUGCGACGACUUCAUCUACAAUGAUGCAGAAUAUUUUGGAUUGUUCACAGGUGACUUCUGGAGGGUUUUUGUUCGUUAA